UUUGUCGGGAAAUCGGUCGCGAUAUUCAAGCAACGGAGCUCUCCCUGUGCACAUCACUCCUGUGUAUACAGUCGAAAGAGUGCGUUAAUAUAACAAUAAUACCUAUACAUAAGUAUAUCAUCGUAAAAUACAGUGCGAGUGCGGGCGCGUGGGAGCAAUGGCAGCUUGCAGGAGAAUCAAAUCGAUGGGCAAGGACGAGUUCAGGGCUUUUUUCAAUUCGUUCGAUGUCGUGCUUUCGGAUUGCGACGGUGUUCUGUGGAGGGAAAUGGAGGUGGUCCAUCGUUCGCCGGAGACGGUGGAGAAACUCAAAGAAAUGGGAAAAAAAUUUUACUACAUUACCAACAACGACUGCAAAACUAGGGCCGAUCUCAUUAACAAGUGCAAGAGCCUCACUUACGACGCUACGGAGGAAGACAUGCUGUGCUCCUCGUACUUGGCGGCAAUUUACUUGAAACAGAAAAAUUUCGCGCAAAAGGCUUACGUGGUCGGGGGCCCGGCGAUCGUCAAGGAACUGGAAGCCCAAGGCAUUAAGAGCGUCGGCGUUGGGCCCGACGUGAUGGAGGGCGACGAAGUGGACACUUUACUGAGAUUCAAGCCGGACCCCGAAGUCGGGGCCGUGAUCGUCGGGUUCGACAAGCACUUUAGCUACCCGAAACUUAUGAAAGCCGCGACGUACUUGCACGAGCCCCACGUGCUCUUCAUCGGCACGCAUCCCGACGUGGAGCGACCGUCGCCGAACCGCAACCGAUUUCCAGGUCCCGGGUGCCUCUUGCGGGCCAUCGAAGCGGUCGCCGGCAGACAGGCCACGAUCCUGGGCAAACCAGGGCCCUUCGUCGGCGAGUUGAUCAAGAAGAAGUACAACGUCGACCCGGCCCGAACUCUCAUGAUCGGCGACAACCUCAACACGGACAUUUUGCUGGGCAAACGCUUUGGCUACACGACCCUGCUGGUCAUGUCGGGCGUCACCACCGACGCGGACUUGCAGAGGCUGCAAAAGGACCCGAAAAACUCCAUAGUGCCGAACUUUUACGCCGAUCGGUUGUCGGACGUCCUCGACUGCCUCAAAGCCUACUCAUGAUCCCAGACGCGGUGAAGAUUCUUCCUCAUCGUCAAGGUUAAACAGUAUUUACUUUCAUCCGUACAAAUGUAGGAGAAUACAUGAUCGUUUGGUCUAUUGUCACAUGUUGCUACAUAUCAAUUAUACAAACAGCUUUUAUCGCCGAUAAGUUAUAUCUAAAAGGGAACGUUGCGAGGCAUGAUUUCAAAUCGCCAUCAGUAUUAUGUACCUAUCAGGUCUCUGUUGCUUUUUUUGUUUGGUAUAUAAUAUAUACAAAUGAGUGCACCAUUGCAAGUAUAUUUGGUGGAAGCGAUGAAAAAGCGCGUGUGUCGCAUGCUUCAAGGAAUCCAAUGUGUGACUUAUCGGUGAAAUGCGGGAAAAGGGGAACAAAAGACAUUUUUCCACGCGGAAGACGAAAGGAACAGCUACUCGUGACGUAACGGCUAUUAAACCGUGCAACCGAUUGCCGAACGGAAAGAACAACGACGGGAUUGGUAACACGCGCUAAUGCAUUUCUACUUUUUUUUUUUUUUUUUUUUUUUCUCUCAUUGGACGAAGCGAGCGAGAUCGGCUCGAAAGCUUGACUUUUACUGCAGUGGCCUCGGCGCGAAGCGGUUCCAAAAUUAUACUUUAGCACUCGCGAGCGCUCGGUGUGCUAUCGUGUGUAUAGUUCCGAUCACAUAAUGGACACACGCGCGAGUAAUACGUGAGAGCACGUGCGACUCCCGCGUUCGGCGCGUGCUCUGGGGUAUUACAUGUUAGCCGACGUGUAUAUUGGACGCGUCGAUUCCUUUGUUGCGUGCGUUGGUUGUUUUUGUUUCGCUUUUGUCGUUCUGGCACCGUCAAUUGUACACACGCAUUUUGUUUUUUAUUUAGGAAUGACAAAUACUCCGCACUAACGUAACUCGAUGUUUAAUUGCCACUCAAAUACAUUACAGUACAGGCACAAUCAUUGUGUCUAUACUCGCAAUCUAGCGAUUUGAGAUAAGAUAUAAUAUGAGAUAUACAACUCGGCAGCAACUAAGCUUCAUUCUCUAUAUAUAUAAUGUGUGUACAGUCGUUAAUGAAAAAUCAGUGCAAGUUCAUUGUUAAUUCUAAAAUGUACUUGGUCGGUCGUAAAGAGAAAUCAUCAAGGAAGGAAGAAUAAUAAAUCAAUAAUAUGGACGUAAUAUUGGAUGGAUGAAAGAAAACAACGAAACAUAAUCAAUUAGUCAAUUUUUUCAAAAUAUUUUCUGUGUAUUUAAUUAUAUAAAUGCAUGAUUUUGAGUAAAAAAAA